UUAUGUCCUUGUGCUAUUACAUUACACAUUAUUUGUUCAGAUGUUAGGUUUUUGAUGUUUGAUUGUUUUUGGUUUAAUAUUUUUUGCAUCUGUCCAGUGACCUCAGUGUGACCUUUGACCACCAUGUCUGAACCAACCAACAAACCACCUACCAGACAUGGCCGCAUCAGGGAAGACUACCACAAUCUCGUGGAUAAACAUGACGAUGACUUCGGCAAGGAACCAGCGCCCUCAGCCAGAGGAUUUGCACCUGGGGAAUUGUCUCUGUAUGUGCAGAGCGUCGACAUGUGUCAGCAGGUCAACAAACCCGCACACCACACCACUGCCUAUAAUGUCCAGAACCUAGUGGUCCGGCGUGGUCAGGAGUUUGUGAUGAACAUCACCUUCAACCUCCCCCUGACCGCAGACGACGACUUCCAAGUGGAGUUCCUGAUUGGCUCUGACCCUUCACCCACUACUGACACCCUGGUGGUGGUGACAUUCAAUUCCCGUACUGGAGGUCCGUGGUCAGGCAGGAUUCUGCAGACCCAGGGUCAGAUGUUGGUUCUGGGCAUCACGCCAACGGCCAACGCCAUCGUGGGGAAGUUUCGUAUCUAUGUGGCCAUCCUGUCAGGCACCGGCAUGCAGCGAACCAAGAGGGACCCCACGACUGACCUGUACUUGCUCUUCAAUGCCUGGUGUCCAGAAGACGCCGUGUUUCUUCCUGAUGAAGACCAACGGAGGGAGUACGUCCUAAAUGACAGCGGUGUGAUCUUUCAGGGUUCUGUUGACAAAGUGACACAACGCACCUGGGCGUAUGGACAGUUUGAGCGCAGUAUUUUGGACGCCUGUAUUUACAUCCUGGAUAUGUCCCGGAUGCCGAUCAGCAAACGAGGUGACAUCAUCAAAGUGGUCAGGCAGGGAUCCGCCAUGAUUAACUCUCAGGAUGACAACGGGGUGUUAGUUGGGAACUGGAGCGAUGACUUCUCCAUGGGCAAGGCACCCACAUCGUGGACAGGCAGUGUCAGCAUCCUGCUGCAGUACCUCAGCACUGGAGUCCCUGUGUGUUUUGCCCAGUGCUGGGUGUACGCCGGAGUCUUCAACACCUUCCUCCGCUGCCUCGGCAUCCCGGCGAGAGUCAUCACCAACUUUCUUUCAGCUCACGACAACUCGGGAAACCUGAAGACCUACAUGAUCUUUGAAAGUGAUGGCUCGCUGGAUAGACGCAACACCAGGGACUCCAUCUGGAACUUCCACUGCUGGAACGAAGCGUUCAUGACCCGUGCUGACCUGCCGCCCAACUUCGGCGGAUGGCAGGUGGUGGACGCCACUCCCCAGGAGACCAGUGAUGGAUUUUAUCGCUGUGGUCCAGCUUCAGUAGCUGCCGUCAAGGAAGGCCUGCUGUGCCACCCGUUUGACUUAAGAUUUGUCUUUGCUGAGGUACAAAGUGAGGUGGUCUGCAUGAAGCGGGAUCGCUACGGGACUCUGACUCCGUUCGCUGUGUAUAAGGAUUACGUCGGAAAGGCUAUUUACACCAAGGCUAUAGGCAGCACGGCCCCUGAGGACAUCACACACACCUACAAGUACCCUGAUGGUUCUGUGGAGGACGAGAGGAGCAUGGCCCGGGCCGAGCAGUACGGCUGUGAGAGGGACCACUCUGAGCUGCCUCAGGCCUCGGUGACCGUCGCCAUCACCGCUGAACAAGUCACACUGGGACAGGACUUGAACGUGGUGGUGGUUUUCACCAACCAGGGCGACAACCCCGCAACUGUCAAUGCUCACCUGGGGGUUUCAGUCGUCUUCUACACCGGAGCCCCGGCCAGUGACUUUUCAGAUCAGGAUUUUGUUGUCACCGUGGCAGCUGGAAGCACGGAGAGUGUGAAGUUUAGGAUAACGGCGGUGGAGUACAUGCCUCAGCUGGGCUCACAGCUCAGCAUCCAGUUUACGGUGACUGGAGAAUACAGUGGCCAGUUAGUGAACGCCAUGAAGGUGGUGGAGCUGCAGACCCCAGCACUCACUGUGAAGGUGAGCGGCAAGCCUCAAGUAGGGCGCAAUAUGUUCCUGACUGUUUCCUUCACCAACCCCUUCCCCUUCUAUCUGGAAGACGCCAGACUGCACAUAGAGGGACCCGGACUCCUGUACCCUGUGGAAUAUUACUACAGUGCCAUUGCUCCUCGGGCUUCAAUCUCCAAGAUGGAGUCGUUCAUUCCUCGGCUGGCUGGUGCCCGAUACCUCAUGGCGGUGCUGGACUGUUCGAACCUCCGUCAGGUGACUGGAGCUGUUGAAGUUGACAUCACAGGAUGAUUGGUUCACAGAGCUGUGACCCCUCCCCUCGGCUUUUUCAUUAUGUAUCCACCAAUCGGCACAGCGUCAGGCUGAGUGGGCGGAGCCAACAAGCCGCUUAGUUUACUUCUAUGGUGAUUUUUUUUUUUCUUGUUUCAUUUCACUUUACACAAAUAUAGCAAAUGCAGAGUCUUAAUCAUUUGCUGCACAGAUAUGAAGGUUUGUGUAACUUUUUAAGGCAGGUUUUGUGAAGAGGCCCAAGGGUCGAAGGUCACAGUAUCCUUAAAGUACAUGAAAGUGUCUUGACUAUACAGGAGAGGAAAGAGCUUGUCAAGUUAUUAGAAGCCAUUAGAUAGAUUUUAAACAUGCUCAACUAGGUAAAUUUGAUCGAUACACUGGUCUGAGUUCAGUACAACACACAAUUUCCCCCAGAGUGCAUCUUUCUCAUAUUUCACCUUUGAUCAGAAAAUGACAGAAUGUCUACUGACUUAAGACAAACUGAGAUGUAACAUCAUCGGAGACUAAACUGAGACUUCAGACUCAGGUGGGUCAGCAUCUCUCCAUCAGAUCUCUGCUCUGACACUAAUCAAUCAGUUUAAAUUGAUAAACACCAAGGAGUCACGGGAGCUGCCAGCUUCAGUGCAGUCAGAUUCGGUUUGGUGACAGAUCAUGACGACACAACCCUCACAGCCUCUUCACAGCCUGGAUAUAAAAUCUGUUUAAUGAGGACUAUCAUUGUAAUUCCAGACUUUUAUCAGAUGAAAACUAAUGUGAUUGUGUCUUUUUUUUUUUAGCUUUGUGCCUUUAAACUGU